ACAUGAUCGAUGCCCUGGUAAGAAAGUCAUAAGCACGUGGUAAUCUAGUUUCAAUAUUUCAAGUUUUCCACUAAAAAUAAGAACAGGAGGUGUCAACAAAACUGAAAAUCAUAUUUAUUCGACGGCUCGUUAAAUAUCUACAUAAAAAAAAUCCACAAAAUUAUUGCUGGUGCAAGAGUAAUAUUCAAGUAAUACGCAAAAAUGAUGUUUCGAGCGUAUCGUUUUGCUGGUGUAGUAUCACACGUUAUUAAUGUUGGGAAAAGCAAUGUACGAUUCAUAAGUUUUCUGAAAAUGAAAGAAACAUUCAAACAUUUGAUAGGCAUGGAUUCUGAUAAAUUACCAUAUGAACAUGUUUGUCAAAUUGGCGAUCCCGUUCUACGUGGUCGCGCUAUGACGAUUGAUCCAGAAGUUAUAAAAUUGGCGGACUUUCAGAAGGUAAUCAAACAAUUGAUAAGUGUUAUGCAGCAUUACGGAGCAUGUGGUAUGUCUGCGCCACAAAUUGGACUCCCGUGGCAAAUGUUUGCUAUUGAGUAUACGAAAGGCCAUAUGGACACGACUGAUGAGGUUGUCAGGAAGGUUCACGAGAUGGAAAUUAUCCCAACAACGGUCUUUAUCAAUCCUGAAUUAAAAAUCAUAGAUCAUACUCCCAUCAUGUUUUAUGAAGGAUGUGAGAGUAUUCGUGGAUAUGCUGCUGCUGUGCCUAGAGCAUAUGAGAUAGAAAUUACAGCUCUAAACACUUUUGCUGAACAGUUUACAUGGAAAGCGCGUGGAUGGUCUGCUAGGAUAGCACAACAUGAAUAUGAUCACUUACAAGGGCAGCUGUUUAUAGAUAAAAUGGAUAAAUGUACAUUUCACUGCUCGGCUUGGGAGAAAAUCAACAAAAACAAUGGCAAUAUGCAGUUAAGUUAUUAUCCAAAAAAGUAAGACAUAGUGUUUAUAAAAAUUAGUAUUUAUAUAUUGACUGAGAUAAAUAUAAUGCUUGUAUAAAAAUCAAAGUAUACUAUUAAGUUUCCAAAAUUUAAUCCAUAUAGAUAGAUCCAUGUAGACUUAGAUUUUAAUUAUAUUAUUUAAUUGUCACAUGUUAUUAGCAUUUGAAAAUUAUUCAGCUGUGAUUUAAUACA